UUCAACCCACAAAGGCCACAGCUGAUCUAUUCAGAAAUCUCUCACACCAGAAGAAGCUCUGCUCUGAUUUUAAUCUCUCUCUUCCUUAUUGGAAGGAACCAUUAAUUAGUAUUCAAACACACAAGAAAAAUGGCCAUAAAACAGUCACUAGCAGCUUUUCUCUGUUUGGUCUCAGCUUGUAUCCUCUUGUUCCUCACUGUCUCCACAGUUGCAGAGGCAGGGAGUACUGAUCUCAAGAACAAUGACAACAACAUCAUCAUCAUCACCAAUGACACUAUUGUUACUGAUCCAUUCCCCACCUGGUGUAUCGCGAAACCUUCGACGGAUAUUAGCAGGUUGCAGAAUAACAUCAAUGAAUGCUGUAGCAAGUUUCCUCAGGUGGAUUGCAGUGUGAUCACCCAAGCUGGAUCUUGUUUCGAACCUAACAAUCUUGCAUCUCAAGCUUCAAUUGUCAUGAAUCUCUACUACAAGGCCUAUGGCAAGAACCUCUGGAAUUGUGAUUUUGCAGGCUCUGGUCUUAUCAUUACUGAGGACCCUUCUUGGGGUACUUGUGUCUAUCCAGCCUGAGGAUGAACAGAAGAAGCUAGCACUACUAAUAUUAUACUUAAUAUCCUAAAUAAAUGUAGCAAUUUGAUGGUGCUAAUUAAGUAUAGAUUUUAACUUUUCAUUAUUGAUGAAAUUUAAGUUUAAAAGUUUGAACUGUGUUAAAAGAUCAAGGCUAGUUGUUUGAACAUUUACUAUUAAUGGAUCUAAAUUUGAAGUUUGCUUA